AUGUUAAGGGAUACGUGGCUCUUAUCAGAUCUUGACGGCACACUUAUAUCCACACCGCACAAGGCAUGUGGUCAAUACUUAUCGCUUGCUCAGAGUCCCUGUGUACAUGUACUGCGACGCUGGUUGUUGAAUGGCGGUAAUGUAUGCAUUAUCACUACCGCCGAUAUGCGGGUAUUACAACAGGUAUAUGCCCCACUGCGAUCUAUACUAAAAGAUGAUGAGAAUAGUAAUAACAACAAUAACAAUAACUGUGGGGAGUUGUUGUUGAGUCUCUACACCGGCGCUGUUUUAUAUCGAUGUACGGCGAAGGGAGUGGAGUUGGUGCGUGAAUAUGCAGAAGCAACACACUGCGCUACUGCAGAGUCUGUGGAAGUUGCCAAACGUUACGGUUUGCCAUUGAAGGAAUCUCCUAUGAUAAGUGUUUGCCCAAUGGGUAUACGGACAACAACUCAAGUGGCAUGUGUGGAGGGGACAUGUUUCUCCGCAAAGACAUGCAGAGAGUUGUUAAUUCAUGUGGAAAAUAUUUUUCUUGGUGUUGUGAAGGCAAUACUAAAGAAGGAUAAAGAAGUUGUAAAAGCAUUUACUUUCAUGUCAGCCCGUUAUAAGGAAAUGUGGCGUAUUUUACUUCACUAUCUUGAUGUGCGGUAUAAACAAGAUCAACAAGAACAUCAACACAAUCGCUCUGUUGAUGAUACUAUUUCAGAAAAGACAACUUCCACCACAAAUGCAGUCGAGUGGAAAUGUAAGUUUCUGCAACAGCGACGACAGCUUCUUAGGGCGGUGGGUAUUGUUCGCGUUGAGCUUGUGGACACCAAACGGAUGAUAUGUGAGAUUGAGGGAUACUGUACUGCAGAUAAGAAUGCAAAAGAAAUUAAAUCCACUGUUUUACGUAUACUCGGAGAUGAAUCGAAGGAUUCCUCUAUCUUUGCAGAACAAAUAACUCGUCUGCUUGGGGCUGAACCCUAUGAUGAUGAUUAUGAUAAUAAUAAUAAUAAUAAUAAUAAUAAUACUAUAGGUAAUAGCGACAGUAAUAGUGAUAGAGAUUCUCAGGUUGGUGUUGUUGCACAAGUAAUGGUGCUUGGUAUUCCAAUAAAACUCUUUUCACGAUUCUUUAAACCUCAUCUGGAGUCAUUUGCUGCUCUCGGCGUUACCGCAAUUCCACAGCCGAAUAGUGUUGUCUUUUCAAAGAUGGGUAUCUGCAAGUCUACCAUUAUCCGUUACCUCAUCAAACAACAACAACAACAACAACAGCAGCAGCAGCAAGAGAAGGAGAAUAAAAUGAAAAUGUAUGAUGAGAGAGAAAACUGCUGCAGUCCGCAUGAUGGCAAAGCGCCUCGUUUCUGCGGUGCUGUUGACAUUACGCGGGCGGUCGCACUUGGCGACAAUCCACACACCACCGACUUUGAACUCACUGUCUUCCCUCAACUGCCAUUUAUAUCGGUUGAGGUCGAUGGGCAGCGACGGCGACGGCACGCUCGCAUUGAUGCCCUCCCAAUAAAAGGGAAAUCGCAACAACGUCGAGGUUCCACAAUGGAUGAUCGUCGUUUGGUGAAUUUACAAUAUAUUGGCGGUGAGGAGAAUGGCACUGCGGUGUUUUUGGAUCUUCUGAUGAAUAUUCUCUGUGUGCCCUCCACCAUCUCAUCAUUGGCGGCGGGUGGGAAGAAGUCAGAAGUGAGGUGUAAACCCCCAGCGACGUUUGGGGCGGCGGUGGCGAAGGCUUCGCAGAUGACGCGUGGGGCGGUGUGUGAUGUUUCCUCGCAUUUAUAA